ACUCCGCCUUGUCUUUCCUCUCUCUCUCUCUCUCUAUUCACCAUUCCCCACCGGACUGCCAUCUGGUUUAUCUAGUCUAUCUAGCAGCGUUGAUUAACUAUUCUUCUCUAGCGGUCUCCUCGCUUCCUGCAGCUGCUUUGCUUUCUGCUUCCACUCCGUCUGCGUUGGUGCAUGCACAUUGGCCAUUGGCCUGACCUUCGGGCAUCGUCCAUGUCACGCAAUCAGUCACUUCCUCCAGCACUAUGAAGGGGACGUCGAUCCUCAAUUUCAAACCCUGGAGAAAGAUCCAUCCUCCCCUGCCUCGUACGCCUCGUGAGUCUCAGCAGCUGCUGAACGCUCUCACCUCGUCCUUCCGUCGCCAGCUGGACCAGGCCUAUCCACCGUUGGACCAAGCGCAACAGAAUAAUAAUGAGAAAGAUGCCCGAGAUUCAGAGACGUCAGCGCAUGCUGCCGAUAAACAUCUCCAAUCCAUCCUCGACAACCCACUGUUCAAAGUUGUCCCUUCUCAGACCAUCUUCUCCUCGGUUUCCAAGUCCGACACUCAGAGCAGGCGAGCAUUGCAGAAGAGACUCGCCAAAGAACCCAUGGUCGUAUUUGAUGAACUAGUAGCGUCGGGCCAUGUGGAAGUGACAUCUCUGGUCGAUUGUCUCAAGGCUCAGCUUUACCUGACCGGCUCAGGAGAUGGCGCCCGCGAAGCUAUGAAAAGCUCCGGCGCCGGGAAGAGACUCGUUUCUUGGUUUUGGGCCUCCGAUCCAUCUUCCAGAAAAUUGCUAUUUAAAUCACGCAACGCCACAUCGACCGCUCUCAAAUUCAUGGUCGCGGAAGACUUGCAAGAUACAGUCAUGGUCUGGCUGAGGAUGUUGGGCAAGAAUGAUCUGGGAGGUGUCGAUGGUCAGAUACCCCAGGCUGUGGUGCCGCGGGUAUUCAAGUCCUUUUUGUCGGACUUCAUAGCGGCCGAAGUCCGCUACGGACGAGGAGUUGUCUCUGCACUAGAUUAUUACUUGCAGGCUUUCAGGAUGUGCUCUUUCUCGAUAUCCCCGUCUACUCCCGACUCGAGGAACACGAUGCUCGUUGCCGCCGCCACUCAGCUGGCUCACUGGAUCGUCGACAAUGCCCAGGGCCAAGCAAUCAAAGACAUACCUGCCUCACUAUAUCAGCAAUUUUGUGAAGCUAUAUCCACAAUAACUACGCGGCCUUUCCUGAGUGCCUCCGCUUGGCUCUAUAAUCCCACAAAUCCCGAUGCCCGACCGCUUCUGGAGUAUGCGAAAUCUGUUCCAUCACAUAUAUAUAGUAGCUGGAAGGAACCUAGGAAGGAGAUAUUCCUCAAGGUCAGCCUGGACGCUGUCAGAUUCAUGAUGGAGCGAAAGGAAUUCCGCGAUGCUACUUGGCUAGUGCAACACGUCAAACAACUACUGUCAGAUGAGCAAUCUGCGGUCAAGGAAACAAAAGAGUCUCGAUCUCGUUCGAGUCAGGAAGUCAUGCUACACCAUUUGGACCUCGCUCUGGCCUAGUUGCAGCGGUAAACACCAACCACCACCUGCUCUGACCGCGCAUUGCCCAACUUGACGGCUUUGUGUCUUAUCAGGUAUCGGCUUUCCAUACAUUGUUGUCCUCUGAAAUACAAGGC